UUUCUGGUUUGCUUUCAUACGAAUUCGAAGAUCGCAAACGAGCGGACGUGUGUGUCGGAAAGAAAUUAUAUACAUACAUAGUAUAUGCGACGGAAGUCAAUUUGUGCUUCGACAGAGAAACGGGAAAAUAUAAUUAAAAGAGCACAAACAUAAGCUAAUAAAUAAUCAAAGAAGCAAAAAAGCAAAUAAAUUUCCAAUUUUACACAAAAAAAAGUGCGAGUGAGCCGUCAACUUACAUACAAGAAGAGCUAAAUUAAUAUUAAAAAAAGAAAUAAGCAAAAGCAACAAAUUUUAUUGGUUAAACAAAAAACGAGUGCGAGAGAAAUAUGUGACAAAUAGUAAGCGCGACUACAACGAAUUUAAGCGAAUUAACAUAACAUGUAAAUGCGGAGCAAAAGGAACGAACAAGUGCCUUUUACACAACACAAAACUACCAACCUACAACACCAAUAACAACCGACUGCUACUAACCAACAACAAACAACCACGCAUUUCGUGUAAAGAAUAUAGAAAAAAAAUAAUAAUUUUUAAACAAAUUAAUUAGAAAACAUACGCUAUAAGUAAAUGAAGUGUUUGAGCAAUACAAUUGGUGAUGAACUCAUGCUCAUAUAACUAACUACAAGCUGUAGAUAAACACACGCUCCUGUUGCAUUCAAACACAGUUAUAUAGUGUAAAGUACUAGACACAGCAAAACAAAAAUCAUAUUUAUACAUAUAUAAAUAAUAUAUAUGUACAUGUGUAUAUACUUAAAUUAAACGUCAGUAAGCCAAGUUAUUAGCUUGGAAUUUCGGCCAAGAAAGACACAGCAAGUGUAAUUGCAGAGAGCAGAGCGCGAAGCAAAGAGAAAAAAAAUUAAAAAUAAAAAACACAAAGUUUCAAGCCAACAAAGUUUGAGCGCUGAAAAAUAGUAGAAAAGUGCAAAAAGUAGUAAAAGUAAUUUGAAAAAUUUUCGAAAACAUAUUAAACAAAUUUCGACAAAAUUAUUGAAAAAAUUUCGAAAAAAUAUUGAAAAUUUUCGAAAAAAAUAUUGAACAAUUUUCGAAAAAAAUAUUUAAAAAUUGCGAAAAAAUUAUUGAAAAUAAAACGUCAGUAAGCCAAGUUAUUAGCUUAUAAACUAGAAUAUUUCCAAAAAACGUAUUAGAAUCAAAAAAAGUGGAUUUUGACAAAAAACACAGUGCAAGUGCUUAAUAAUUUGUGCUAAACACCGCUCGCGAAUUUUCAUUGAGUUGUUGUUUUUUUAUGAUUGCUUGCUUCACCAAAACUUGAACCUUAAUCAGUUUUAAUAUUCGUCGCCCAAAGUGCGCCUGUGAAACGAAAACAUACACACAUACCUGUGUAUGUAUUAUCUAAUAGGCUAACGCGUUGGUAAAAGCAAUAGCAGCAACAACAACAACACAAAACUGUAUAGUUACAGCAAAACAAUAAUAGCAACAACAACAAUAGCAGCAGUGUAUAAAUAAUUUUGAAAACUUAUUAGAAAAGCAACAACAACAACCACAAGCAGAUAACAACAUAAGCAAAGCAAAACACUGUGUUAAUUUACGUACGUAAAUACAUACAGACAACGUAGCAACGUAGCAGCGUGUGAGCGGGCAGAGCCAACAACGAAGCGCUCACAACUUGUCUAUACACAACCUACAGCUACAUAUAGAUUUGAUUUUGUGAUUCACUACGCUGUCGCAGCAGCCAAUAAUAACAACAACAACGACGAACACACAUACACACACCGAAGCAAACGCGGUGUAGCGUAAGUGAGUGAGUAAACGUGUGUGUGCGAGCGUGACAGCAAGAGCGUGAGUCAUAAAAGUGAAAUGAAAAUGCGGGUAAAGAGAGAAUCACCGCUGCUCGUGCUGAGAUUUAGGACAAUCAACAGCAGAAAUGAUUGUAAACGAUCGACAAUUUGCGAUACACACGGCACAGCUUCGGCACCAGAGGCAAUGCCAACAGAAGACUGCAACGAGGAUUGGUCCUCAACGGUGCCGCAAACCGGCAAUCGUUCACCAUUGAUGAGAAGCUGCUCCACACCAGCUGUUUAUGAUAUUGAAACCCAUCCCGCGUCACCAGUUUUCCCCCAUUUACUGCUGGGCAAUGGCAAAGAUGCCAGCGAUCCGAGUAGUGUGGGCGCUAAUUGUGUUUUGAAUGUUACCUGCCAAGCACCGAGUUCAGGUCCAGCGCCGGGACUUAAAUAUAAACAGAUACCUGCCAGUGAUACGCCACAUCAAAAUAUCAAACAAUAUUUUCAGGAAGCCUACGAUUUUAUUGAGGAUGCACGCAAAACCGGCUCACGCGUACUGCUGCACUGUCAUGCGGGUAUAUCGCGCAGCGCCACCAUUGCCAUCGCCUAUGUCAUGCGCUACAAAUCACUCUCACUAUUCGAGGCCUACAAGCUGGUGAAAGGCGCACGGCCCAUCAUCUCACCCAACCUGAACUUCAUGGGUCAACUGCUCGAAUUGGAGCAGAAUCUACGUACGAGCGGCGUCUUGAAGCCGGUCACGCCAGUCGCCAGCACACCAACAACACCAACGUCUAGUCAAGUCGAAUUUACCAGCUGCAACAGCACCACCACCACACGUACACACAACGAUGCCGAUGAGGAUGUGGAUGAAACAGAUGCGGCGCUAUUGCGCAAACGUCCCGGCGAUGCCAAGCGUAAACUAUGCGCUGCCGAUGAAGAUGACUUGUUUGAGGAUGCGCGCAGCACGCUAAGCAGUCACAGCAGCGCCAGCAGCAGUAGCAAUUGCACAAAUAGUCAAGCAAUGCGACUGACAUGGCCACCGCCGAGCGGUGCACCGGCCGUACUGCUCUCCCCGUGCACCUCCACAGAGGCAUCCUGCUCAUCGUCCGUGUCCUCCUCCUCAUUGUCCGCCUCCUCGUACGCUUCAUCACCAUCCGCUUCGACGCCGAACUCACCGUCAGCUGCACUGGCCAACGCACAAUCGCCCUUCCUCUGCUGCACACCCAACAACAUGCCGAAACGUCAUUCACCCGCCAAAUUGCGUCUCAACCUGCGCUCCACCUUUGCACCCAUACGACAGUCGCAGUCGUGCAUGUCGAUACGCGAAGUGGCCGACGAAUCCACAGCGGCGGCAGCCACAACAAACACGGGUCUGGCGAUAGCAACGACGACGGCGUCCGGCAGCAAUCACAGCAUACCAUCCUCGCCGGUGGCAAUGGAUCAGGAGAACAAUGUGGUGAUGGCCAUGUCGACCAGUGAUUGAGCGCGCUAAUUACUUAGCAGCAACAACAAUAAGGAUUCAUUAGUUAUACUAUGUGUGUAGUAGAUAUUAGGCGUAAAAUUUAGCGAAAAAAAAAUGCAAAAAAAAAAUGCAAAAAAACUGCAAAGCGACGUAAAUGUAGAAAAAAAUAUCACUCACACAACAACAAAAACAACAAGGCAAGCACUUUGAAAAAAGCUGUGAAUAAUUUUUAAGUGUACAAUUUAACGAGCGUACCUAACGAUUACAUACUAAGUGCAUACAUAUGUAUAUGUACAAUAACGGUACAUACAUAUAUAAGUACCUACUAUAUAUAGCAAACCGAUCGACGCGAAUAAACGAUCGAAGCGACGACAACAACACGCCUACUAUUACGACGUAACUUAACGUAAAGCACUGCGAGUACAGUGAAAUUAAAAAACUUAAAUUUAUUAAAAAAAAAAAUAUAUAUUAAAAAAGAACAACAACAAAAAGCGGCACAUUUACCAUAAAAACAAAGAAAAAGUACAUAUGUACAUACAUACUAUAUAUAUGUAGUUAAAAGAAAUUGUUAAUGAAAUUUGAAAAAGGAAAAAUUAAAUACAAUGCCGAAUGCAUAAUCAAUACAACAACAAUACAUACAUAUUAAUGAUACAAAAUUGUCUAAAAUUGUGUAAGAAAUAUUUUCUUUUCGAAAAAUAUUGUAAAUUUUACCUUUUGACACUACUGUAUGUACAUAUAUAUAUAUAUAUAAACGAGAAAAAAAUUUAUUCAAAUUGCGAUUAUUUGGCGUAAUAAUUGCCGAUGUUGCAUUUGCCCUAAUUAAGGGGACUCUUUCAUACACACACACACACAUAUAUGUAUUAUUAUAUAGCAAGUUUUAACAAAUGAAAUUCUAUUUAUUUAUAUUAUUUGAAAAUUUGAAAAAAAAUUAUUUAAAACAAUAAAACGCUUAUUUAUAGACAUUUUUUGAAAAGAAUUUGUUUGUAAAAAAACAAAAUUUGUGCGGCGAAAAGCGCUUUCCGAGUGUCUAAAAAACAAUUAUUUUUGUAAAUAUUAUAAACUAAAAGGUUAAAUAGCAAAUGUUGCCACCUUUUUUGUCUGCAUACUAGGCAUAUAAAGUUUAAAUUAUCUUUAGUAGUGAUUUUAUUUUAAUUAAAUUUUAUUUUAAUUAAUUUUUUUUUUCGUUAUAAUUAUUUAUAAAAUUCCCACACGCACCCUGCUAAGUCAUUGGGUUUUACUUAUGUAAUACAUGUAACACAUAACUAUAACUCUUUGAAGAAAAAAAGCGACAAAAAAUGUACUAUUUUUGAAAAAAAUAAAAACUUAUAACUGUAUUUUAAGAACUAAACAAAUGAUUUUGUUGUAAUUUAUGUGCGUAAAAAAUAUGAAAAAAAAUAUUUAAAUUAAGUUAAAAAAAAAAUAUAUAUAAAAAAAGCACUUUUAAAACAAAUUGGCAGUUAAUUAUAAAAACAAAAACAAAAAACUAUAAUUAGCAUAAUUUGUAAAAAAAACAAAAAACAUUUAAUAUAUAGCAACAAAAACCAUGUACAAGCAGCAAAAUAUAUGUAUGUAUAUAUAUAUAAACAAAAAAAACAUAUUUAGCAAACGAAUAUUUAUUUUAAUGCCAAACUCUUCCUAUAAAACUGUUUUAAGUUUUUUUCUUUACACAACACACACACACAUACAAAAACAAUAAAUUAGCGAUUUACAACUAGUAACCCAAACAUAAGCUAAACAAUAAACCAAGUUUGGUUAAAGACAAACAUCACAGCAAAUUUACAAUUUUUUCCCCAUUAUAAAUAAAUACAUAUUUGCAACAACAAAAAAAAAUGAAA